AUGGUGAUCCUGUCCUGGGAAAACCAAACGAUGAGAGUGGAAUUCGUGCUUCAAGGAUUGUCUUCAAUCAGACAGUUAAAUAUUUUCCUCUUUAUGAUAAUUUUAGUUUUCUACAUCUUAACUGUUUCUGGAAACAUCCUCAUUGUCCUUCUAGUUUUAGUCAGACAUCAUCCAAACCCUAUGUACUUCUUCCUGGUGAACUUAUCCUGUCUGGAGAUCUGGUAUACCUCUAACAUCAUCCCCAAAAUGUUGCUGAUUAUCAUAGCUGAACAGAAGACUAUCUCUGUGGCUGGCUGCCUGGCACAGUUCUACUUCUUCGGAUCCCUGGCUGCCACGGAGUGCCUCUUGCUCACUGUGAUGUCCUGUGACCGCUACCUAGCCAUCUACCAGCCUCUUCGCUACCGUGUCCUCAUGACUGGCCCCCUUUGCAUCAGGCUAGCUGCUGGCUCUUGGUUCUGCUGCUUCCUCCUUACAGCAGUCACCGUGGUCUUGCUAUGUAGACUCACCUUCUGUGCACCCUAUGAAAUUAAUCACUUCUUUUGUGACUUCACUCCUCUGGUUCAUCUCUCCUGCAUGGAUACCUCAGUGACUGAGACCAUUGCCUUUGCCACCUCUUCUGCAGUGACUCUGGUCCCAUUUCUCCUCAUUGUAGCCUCCUACUCCUGCGUCCUUUCUGCUAUCCUAAGAAUCCCAUCUGGCACAGGCCAGAAAAAGGCCUUCUCCACCUGUUCUUCCCACCUCACUGUGGUCAUGGUGUUUUAUGGGACACUGAUUGCCACAUACCUUGUGCCCUCAGCCAACUCAUCCCAACUCUUGCGCAAAGGGUCCUCUCUGCUCUACAUCAUCCUGACACCCAUGUUUAACCCCAUCAUUUAUAGCCUGAGAAACAGAGACAUCCAUGAAGCUCUGAAGAAGUGCUUGAGGAAGAAGUCAGGUGGUUGCCUUAGAUAA